CAUAAUUCCACCGCUCAAACGCAGCCAGCAUCCCGUUCAAAGUGCAUAGAUUCUCUGUUUUGGUUCAUGUAGUGAACGGAAAGAGUUAGCUUUUGCAGUCUUACAGCUUGAAUUUAGUAUUUAAUCUACAGCACAAGCCUCUAACACAUCACUAGAUAAUAAAAGAGCAUAAACGGCUCGUCCGAAGGCCUGUUAUCUUCUGUCCGCGAGACGAGACGGGGGAGUGUCUGGAAUUGGACAUUUAGCUUGUGAGCUAGCGUCAGCAGCAUCAGGUUGACCCAUGUCCUCUGAGGAGGCUCUCGGCUCCGCGCUCUCACACUGGCUCUCCUUUAACUCCUGGUGGCUGCUUCUGCCUUUCGUUAUGCUCCUGGUAGUGGCUGCUUUCAUCGUGGCCUUCGUGCUGCUGCUGUACAUGAUAUCCCCGUUAAUAAGCCCCAAACCUCUCAAACUGAACGGGGCCCAUGUGGUGGUGACCGGAGGCAGCAGUGGGAUUGGGAAGUGUAUUGCCAUGGAAUGCUACAAACACGGUGCCUUCAUCACUCUGGUGGCACGAGAUGAGCACAAACUGGUUCAAGCCAAGAAAGAAGUGGAGAAAUGUGCCAUAAAUGAUAAGCAAGUGGUGCUUUGCAUUUCUGUUGAUGUGUCCAAAGACUACAACCAGGUGGAGAGCGUCAUAAAACAAGCUCAAGAGAAGCUGGGUCCUGUGGACAUGCUGGUGAAUUGUGCUGGGAUGUCUAUAUCUGGGAAGUUUGAGGAAGUGGAAGUCGACCGCUUCAAGAAACUGAUGGAGGUGAACUAUCUGGGCAGCGUUUACCCCACCCGGGCAGUGAUCACCACUAUGAAGGAAAGGCGGAUGGGCCGCAUCAUGUUUGUGUCAUCACAGGCAGGACAGAUCGGCCUCUUUGGUUACACGGCGUACUCGCCGUCCAAAUUCGCCCUGCGUGGUCUGGCUGAGGCCUUACAGAUGGAGAUGAAGCCCUAUAAUAUCUAUGUAACUGUGGCGCAUCCUCCAGAUACUGACACUCCAGGGUUUGCGGAAGAGAAUAAGACUAAGCCUCUGGAGACUAAGUUAAUUUCAGAAACAUCUGGAGUCUGUCAGCCUGAGCAAGUAGCAAAAAUUGUGGUGAAGGAUGCAGUGCAGGGAAAUUUCACCAGCUCAUUCGGACCUGAUGGCUACAUGCUGUCAGCGCUGACCUGUGGGAUGUCACCGGUUACCUCCAUCACUGAGGGGCUGCAGCAGAUUGUGACGAUGGGGUUGUUCCGCACCAUUGCUCUCUUCUACCUGGGCAGCUUCGACAGCAUCGUCCGCCGCUGCAUGAUCCAGAGAGAACAGUCCAAAGCAGCGGACAAGAGGGAGUAGCACCAGCAUUCCCACCACAUGCACCUCCAUCACCUCCGUCAGCACCACUAACACACACACACACACACACACACACACACACACACACACCUCACAGCACGCACCACCCGGCCCGGCAGACGUGUUCAAAUGCUUAGAAGAGGUCUACACUGACAAAACACUGUUUUUGCUCAUUUUUUCAGUAGACCUGUAAUAGGAGUCCAUCUUUCAUGAUGUGUCUUUCAGGACCCUGAUCAUUCCAGUGCAUGCUGCAUCAAUAUUUCAAGCUCUUUAAUACAAACAACUUUAUUUGCAUUGAAACGAUUUACUCUUUGGCUCUCACUGCCUCUAGUACAUUCUCUCGUUUCUGAAAGUUUGUGGUCGUUCUCAAAACCACAUACUAUCUGAGUUCUUGUUCUAGCCUGUUGGCGUAAUGUUAUUUCAACACUAGAAUUAAUUUCAGUCAACUUUUAUUUAUAUUGAGAUGUUACCAAUUGCCGUAUAGGUAAAGAAAAAAAAAAUCUGUAUAGGUGAAGAACAACAACUUCACUUCCUUAUGUUACAGUGAGGUGAAGAACUGUUCUUUUGACUGGUCUGUGAUGUUCGUAGUCAAGCACUGUAUCUUCCUGCUUUUAGAUUUCAUAGUUUUAAGGUAUGGACACAGGACAUCUGUGUUUUCGGAUGAAACAGCCUGAGUCUGCCACUCUGCCUUAUCUUCUUUGCUCUGUGUGGGGGUUUCUGAAGGAAAUGUUUACCUUAUAAAUGUGCGUGCGAGUGUGUAUGUAUAUUUGUCUGCUUGUACGCAUGCGUUUAGGUGACCUCAGGGGCUUCUAAGAGUUCACUGAACUGAAGGAUGGGUCAGGAUAAGCCAUUGCGGUGGUUAAAGGCUCGCUGGCUCGAGUCAGUGCACCUCUCUGCCAGCAGGUGGAGCUGGAGAUCCAAACGGAUCAGGUGUAACCUGAGCAAAAUGUAAGCCUACAUGUGCAGCAGCUCAUGUUAAAAGAAUAGAAUCAGUCAUAGUCGGAUGGUUCGAUGUCCACAACCCCAGAACUCUGUAGUAUUGAAGGUGAAUAAAUGCGAGUACAUUGAGUGUUCACGCAGGCAUUUCAAAAACUGUAGAUGUUGUGAAGCUUGAUCAGAUUUGUACACCAAAACGAGCAAUAUGGCUUCCACAAGUCAAGUGAAUUUCCUCGUGCUCUGCUCUGUCGUAACGUAAAAUGGAUGGUUCCAGCAUAUAAAGUGUGUUUUCUGAUUUAGGCCCUUGUCCUUGUUGCAAGUCGUACCUUACUGACAACUUAAUAGCUAGAGAGAAAAUGACACUUACUCAUGCUGUUGUAAUAUUUGCCUUCCUCACUGUCACAAGCAAACGGGGAGCAUGUGAUGUGAUCACACCCUACAGUUAUAUGAGUAGAUGUUUAUGAGGAGUCCAUCUCUUGAAUGCCUGAAUGCACAGAAAAGAGUCGAUUUAAAGUGAUAGUUCACCCAAAAAUGAGCAUUCUGUUAUUAUUUACACACCCUCAUGUUCUUCCAAACUCGUGGGAUUUUCUGUUUUCAGUAGAACACAAAAAGGAGAAGUUUAGUGGAAUGUUCAUGCUGCUCCUUUCCUUACAGUGAAAGGGAAUGGGGCCUGCAAAGCUCCAAAAUAAUCAAAAAAGGACUGUAAAAGUGAUCCAUAUGAGAAGCAUUAUUUUUUUUUAUAUCUUCUGAAAAAGCAUGAUUGAUUUGUCCCUUGAAUUAAAGAUCUUGAAUAUACUGUACAUGAGAUUUGAGAGUUAUGGCAUAGGUACAGUUUUCUGUGAGUAUUUAGUAAAAUUUUGGCUUCUUAUGGCUUCAAGACUUCAAAUAUAGCUUGCAUGGUUUGUAUGAACUACUUUAAUGGUGCUUUUUUCAUUUGACGGAAAAGAGCAGCGUAAACAUUUGGCUAAAUUUUUCUUUUUCGUUCCACAGAAAAAUGAAAAUCCUAUGGUUCUGGAACGACAUGAGUGUGAAUAAAUGAUGACAGAAUUUUCAUUUUUGGUUGAAGUAACACUUUCAUUCAAUACAAUGUUUUUUUUUAUGCUGCUGUUUUUCCUAGAACAUACCUGCAAACUCAUCAACUUUGUUUUUUUGUCUUGCCUACAUAUGAUGCCUAAUAGUGAUUAUAAGCACAGUGCUGUAUUACUGCUUUCCUAUAACGUAUAUAAUCAUUUAAUAGCUUGUAACGUGGUUAUCCAUUGCUGUUUUUGUCAUGUUUAAAUCAUAGUUUUAUGGUCAUUUUAGAGUUUAGGUUACCAUACACAUAGGUGUUGCUACUUAAACAACAUGUAGUUCUAUUCUAACAUUAUAUAGAAUUUUCCAAAACGACCUGAUUCCAGUACAUUUUUAGAAGAAAAAUUCCCCUUUUCCAUUCCCUGUCACCUUUUUUCGCCAGGCCGGAGUUUGCAGGUAUACUAGAAACCCUUGACCAAUGCAGUCAGGCACUACAGUCAUGGAGGCCCAUUUUCAAGCCUUAAGAGAUCCAAACAGACCACUACAAAAGCUAUAAGGGUUGAUACCUCCACAUCCAACUAUGGCAUAGAUUGUGUAUGGUUUACGUAUUUUUGUUUCAGUAUGGAAAGAGACAUUGAUUUUGCUUGUUUUUGUUUGUUUGUACAUUAUUUGCUAUGGAUAUUUUUUACAAAAAGACCCAAAAUAUGAAAAUGAGAAUGCAUGAGUCAAAACGAUGAUGUUCUCAUUUGAUAUUGGCUCAAGGCACGUCGUCCAGCACAUAGUAGCUAUAAGUUAGGUGCCAAUAUGUGUCGGACAUACGAUUCGGUUGUGCCCUCUUCCAUAACACAUGGACGUAGUCAUUUGUUUAGUCGUUAAGAAGCUAACAGUAGAGAAAUGGUUUUGAACUCCUUAAAGCUAUGCAAAUCAAGCCUGUGCUCACAAUUCAUUCAAACACACAAGAGGACACUAGCAUUUUUUUUUUAAGUUGUCUGCUAUAGUUCACUCUUUUAUUGACUGAAGUUGAGAUAUUUCUGAGAAUAAGAUGUAAAGUUUGAGUAACUUUUAAAAGAAAGACCAAGACCAACUUGGGUGCGUUCUGCUUCUGUGUUUUGUAAGUUUCAUUUUUCCUUACUCAUUUGUUGCCAAACUUGCAUAAAUUUCACCUUGUGUGCCAUGGGAGAAAAAAAGGAUGUUGUUGCUUUGUCUUAUUUUCUUACAUAAUGAAAAUAAAUAACUUUUGAAAGGUAA